AUGACCAAGUCUCUCAUUUGGAGACGUUUGAUUUGCCAUUGUGCCGUCGAGCGCCAGUUGAAAGAUAGCCUACUAUGUGAGGCAGCCGAUCUGUUCGCUAAAGGGGAGAGAGAGUUCUGCCAGUUUACGAGAAAACCUAUGUCGACUACGAUAAGCCUCAUUGACGGAAUUGCUGAGCUUUAUCGAAAGAUCGACAGGAAAGAUCGCGCAUUUCUCUACUACUACCUGGUGGCAUUCUACGGCGAUGGAUUCGCCAGUUAUCUGAAUGGCAUCAGUUUUGUUUUUCGCAGUGACAAACUUGAGAAGCAUGCGGAUUUUAUGAAAAGGAUGCAACAGGUAUAA